AUGGAUGGUGCCCUACCGAGAACCGACUUGUCGGUCGCACCAAGCUUUGGCAUGUUUAGCGACUUUUUGCGAAACAUCGACCGCGUCAACGCCACUGCUAGCCCAUCAGGACGUUCCAAGCCAGACUCCAGCAACAGCGAAGCACAGAAGAAGAAGCGCGAACAAGAUGAAGCCAAGCUCGCAAAUAUCUAUGAGGCUUUCCAGUUCGAUACCCUCUGGUCGAAGCUCAGCGAUGUACUUUCCAGAAUGAAGAACGACCCUGGUGCUGCUCAGAUCCUCCUACCUUUGAUCGAGAGCAUGAUGGUUGUCUCGCAGCACGUUGCCAACCCUGAACCCGAUACCUCGAGCACUUCUGGCGAAUUAGUUCGGCCACCACAUAGCCGUUCUUCGAUCCAGGGCGCUCCCAAGUCACCAAGAGAAGCAAUGGAAGACAACUUCUUUGCAUUCACUGAAAAGCACCGAAAGAUUCUCAACAUCAUGGUGCGACAGAAUCCAUCUCUCAUGUCCGGUUCUUUUGCAUUGCUGGUGCGCAAUCCCAAGGUGCUCGACUUUGACAACAAAAAGAACUAUUUCACACAGCAGCUACAUAAGGGUCGACGUGAUCACUACACACCCCUCUCCCUCUCCGUUCGCAGAAACUCGGUGUUCGAGGACAGCUUCCGUUACUUUUCCAGAAAGACUGGGCCAGAGGUCAAACAUGGCAAACUCAACGUCCGCUUCAACAACGAGGAAGGUAUCGAUGCAGGAGGUGUUACAAGAGAAUGGUUCCAGGUUCUGGCAAGAGCCAUGUUCAACCCGGAUUAUGCACUCUUCCAACCUUGUGCGGCGGACCGAACAACCUACCAGCCAAACCGCAUGUCGUAUGUCAACCCAGAUCACCUUUCCUUCUUCAAGUUUGUCGGUCGCAUUAUUGGCAAAGCCAUCUAUGACGGUCGUUUGCUCGACGCCUACUUCACCCGAAGCUUCUACAAGCACAUUCUCGGCAAGCCCGUCGACUACAGAGAUUUGGAGUCGAUCGACCCAGAGUACUUCAAAAGUCUCGAGUGGAUGCUGAACAACGACAUCACAGAUAUCCUCGACUUGACAUUUACUGUCGACGACGAGGAGUUUGGCGAAACCAAAGUCAUCGAUCUCAAACCAAACGGCACUAACAUCGCUGUUACCGAGCUCAACAAGCAAGAAUACCUUCGUCUCGUCACUGAGCAGAGACUGACCAAGUCGAUUCGAUCACAGAUCGAUGCUUUCCUCGACGGCUUUAACGAGAUCAUCCCCACCGAUCUCAUUCGCAUCUUCUCAGAGCAAGAACUCGAGCUUCUCAUCUCUGGUCUUCCCGAUAUCGACGUCGAUGCUUGGAAGAACAACACCGAGCUGCACGGCUACAGCUCAGGCGACGCUGUCAUCCAGUGGUGGUGGCGUGCAGUUCGUUCCUUCGACCAGACCGAGAAAGCCAAGCUGUUGCAAUUCAUCACAGGUACAAGCAAAGUACCAUUGGAAGGCUUCGCCCAUCUCCAAGGUGUUCAGGGCACACAAAGGUUCAACAUUCACAAGGCUUACGGUGCCGAUAGGUUGCCAGCAGCACACACUUGUUUCAACCAGCUCGACUUGCCCCAGUACGACUCGUACGACAAGCUAAGAUCCUUGCUGCUCAUAGCCAUCAACGAAGGUGGAGAAGGCUUCGGAUUUGCUUGA